AUGGGCGCCCGCCUGCCAGAGACCGAGCCGGAGCUCCGCGCCUUCGCCGCCGCCGCCCGCGCCGCCGCCGACUGCAUACGCCCGGACUCGUCGCCGGACGCGCUCGCGGCGGACGCGCGGCGGUGGGUGGCGGGGCUGCAGGGCUGGUGGGAGACGCGCAACAAGCGCGGCGGCGGGGAAGGCGGCCAGAAGCGCCCCGCCUCGGCGGCGGCCGCUUCGCCGCACGCAAAGCAAUCCCGGCGGCAGCAAGGCGUAGAUUCGGACUGGCGCUCCGGCCCCAGCAGCGCCUCUGCCGGCGGCGCGGAGGGGAACGCAAGCGCAGCCGCGGCCGCCGCCGCGGGGGGCGACGCCGCGCGGGCGGGCAGCGCGGACCAGGACGCGUCGCACGGGGGAGAGCAGGAGCAGGAGCAGCAGCUUGAGCGGGCGCACUCGCAGCGCGCGGCUUCCGUUGACGAGGGCGAGCAGCAGCAGCAGCCGCAGCAGCAGCAGCAGGAGUGGCAGAUUGCUGGCCUGCAGGCCCAGCAACAGCAGCAGGCUCAGGCACAGGCACAGGCUGCGGUGGUAUCAGCGCAGCAGCAACAGCAGCAGCAGCGGGAGCAACAGCAGCAGCAGCACUUGCAACAAUUACAGCAGCAGCAGCAGCAGCAGCACCAGCAAAUGCAGCAAAUGCAGCCCGAUCCGCCUUCUGUUGUGCUGUCAGUGGAGCGAUCUAUCGUGCAAGAUGCAGAGCAGCGGCGGCAGCGGCCACCAACCCCGCAGCAGCAGCAUCACCAGCAGCAGCAGCAGCAGCAGCAGCAGCCGCAGCAGCAGCAGCAGCCGCAGCAGUCACUAGCGGCUCCGCCAGGCGGCCUGCUCGCGGCCAGCAUGGCGGCCGCGCUGAUGCCGCCCCCUGUCCCGCAGCUUCCCAGCAGCGCGUCGCCCGCGCCCCCGCUGGGCUUCGGCCCCGCGACCGUCGCGGCGGCGCUCCUUUCCGUCGGCACACAGCCACAACAGCAGCAGCCCCAUCAGCAGCUCCUCGCCGGCGUCCCCUGCGGCCCGGCCGCCGUUCCCCCCUCCAUCGCCGCCGGCCCCGCUGCAACGAUCCCCGGCGUCGCCCCCGGCCCCGUCGGACCGGGCAGCGUGGUGGCGCUGAACGUGGGCGGCGCGCGGUAUGUGACGACGCUUGGGACGCUGCUGGCGGUGGGGGGGUCCUACUUCCACGCGCUGCUGCAGGGCGGCGACCCUGGGGUGGGGCCGCCCCAGAGGAGCCCGGAGGGCGACCUCUUCAUCGACCGCGAUGGCAAGCCCUUCUACUACAGUGAGCAAACCCCCCUGGGGCGCGGCGCAGCGCGGCGCCUCGCGCGUUGA